AUGAAAGAGGCCAGAAAACGUGGACACAAUGUGGGGCAAUCUAUGUCUUUGGAAACUGGUUGGAACUUCUUGGAUGCCAAUGACAGGUUCAAAGCUUACAACAAGAUCAGAGAUGAAAAGCCUUUUUGCGUGGUUUUAGCAUUUCCUUGCAAUGGUUUCAGCCCUCUUCAACGUUUGAAUGGACUUCAUCCCGAAAGAAAAGCAGAAAGAAGGGCGAUUGGUCGUGAACUCAUGAAGUUUGCUUUGGAAAUAGCUGAACUGCAGAUCAGAGAAGGUCGACAUGUCAUCUUAGAAAAUCCUCGAGGCAGUGAAGCUUGGAAUGAACCUGAGAUGUUGCGUUUUCUUGAGGAGAAUGAGCUCUACGCCGCUAUCUUUGACCAAUGCCGUUUUGGCCUCAAAAGCCUUUCUGGUUGGUUGCACAAGAAGCCAACGAGAGUGGUGAGCUCAAGUUCAGAUGUUGCUGCGGAAUUGGAUGGAGUGACUUGCAUGCGCAACCACCCUCAUGCGCCAGUUCUGGGCGGCUCUCAUGUGACAGCCCGUGCGGGCAUCUACCCAAAGCCUUUGGCACGCGCCAUCGUUAGGGGCCUUGAGAAGCAAUUUGAACGAGAGUUUGCUCCUCGUGAAGCUCUUGCUGCCGAAAUUGGAGAGGAUGUUGAGGAGGAGGAAUUGGCUUUUGAAGGCGGUGGAUUGGUGAUGCCUCAAGAUGAUGGCAGUGAUGUGGAGGACGAAGUGGAUUCAAAAGGAACGGCAAUUCCUGUUUCUUCUGGCAUGCGCGCAACAAUCCUUCGACUUCACCAGAACACUGGCCACAGAUCGGGCAAAAGGUUAGCCCGAGCCCUAGCCAUUGCGGGUGCACCUGCAGAAGCAAUUCAGGCGGCGAAACAACUUCAAUGCUCAGUUUGCCAAGAGCGACAACCACCUCGUGCCCGCCGUCCUGCUUCUCUUCCUGUGCCUCGCGACAUGGGUGACCAGAUCCAUGUGGACUUGCUGGAAGUUUUUGACACCAGCGAGAAGAAGUACGUAGUGGCCCAUGCAACUGAUGCCGCUACACGAUUCCAAAUGGCUGAGAUUUUGCCAGACAAGUCAACCAAGUCUGUGGUGCGCUUCCUUUCUACCAGAUGGAUUGCAACAUUUGGCCCUCCGAGAGUGAUGGUCGUGGACCAAGGCAGAGAAUUUGUGUCUUGGGAAAUGGAGGAAUAUGCUGGAAGCCAAUCCAUUCUUUUGCACCACAUUGCCGUUCAGGCGCCCUGGCAAAAUGGAAUUGCAGAAAGAAGCGGUGGAGUGUUAAAAGCACUUUUAGCAGCCAUCGUUACUUCUCAAAGCGUCCUUGGACUCGAGGACAUGCAGGUAGCUCUUGCCGAGGCGACAUCAGCUUACAAUGGCGACAUCAAUGAAUUGGGUGCCUCUCCUUUUCAGGCUGCCAUUGGACGUCAGCCUCGAAUGGUUGGAGACGUGCUGGGUGGCAUACAGACAAGGCUUGCAGAACAUGGACUCAUUGACUCCAAGCCUUCGCUGGCUAGACAGUUGGCCAUGCGAGAAGUUGCCAAAAUAGGAAUGACCCGCCUUCACUUCAGCCGAAGUUUGCGGAAGGCAGAACUAGCACGAUCCCGAAACCCAACCAUUGAGCAGCUUCCAGAGCCUGGCACAAUCUGCUACUUCUACAGGCCUUUGAAGUACAACAACAAGACAGCGCCGUCCAAGAAGAAGCUCACUCUGAAACGUUGGCACGGCCCUGCACUUCUUUUGGCCAUUGAAGGCAGAAGCUCUGGAUACUUGAGCUACAAGGGGCAAUUGACCAAAUGCGCCCUGGAGCACAUUCGUGCAGCCAGCACGAUGGAACAGAUAGCUGCAGAUUCUUGGCGUGAAGCCAUAGAAGAAGCUGUUGAGGCUGCCACCUUGGACUUGUCGGCCCGUGGGCUUCCUUUGGCCGAUGGUGGCGAUGGAACUGCUGUUCAACAACCAGCUGCUGUGAUGCCAAUGCCUGGCACUCCUGCCUUCUUGCCCUCAUCUUCAGCAGCUGCAGUUCCAGAACAAGCAAUGCCGGUUGGCGAUGAUUUGCCUCCGGUAGCGCCUCAAGAACUUGCUGGUGCCUUGAUGCCUGCCUCUGCACCAGUAUCGACUGUGCCUUCCAGAAGAUUGAGUGAGGCGACGUUUGAACGAGCCACUACAGAUGGACUUUCGAGUGGACUCGGCGAUGGACUUCGAAAACGAACCUCAAGCUUUGCAAGCCAAUUGCAAGGCGUCAUGGAACAAGCACGACGUCAACGUUUGGCAGAUCCUACAGGAACCAAACGAGCGGCCGACACAUCACUGGAAAGAUUGAAGGCUGAAUCCUCUGAGCCUCCUGUUCCUCAACCUGAUGAACCUCCAGUGAUCACAGCAACUUCAUCUACUGAGCCUGCGGCAGAAGCAUUGCAGACCACGAGAGAAGAUGUUUUGUCCAGUUUGGGCGAUCCUUCACUACACCCACUGCAACACAUCUACAAUGCUGCCUGUGAAGACAGACUCAACCCUACUGAAGUGCGUGUGAAAGAUCAUGGUUCUUGGGAUGGCAGAUGGCCUUUACCCUCAAGAACGGAAUGGCAUGCUCACCAACGGCUUGGACUUCCUUGGCCUUGUGGGCAUGAUGAUCUGGUUGAAAAUGACGUGAUGGCAGUUCAAGCCAAUCGCAAAGAAUUUCACUGGCGCUCCAUGAGUGAUGCUGAAAAGGCUGAGUUCAAGAUUGCAGCCGAACAAGCUUGGAGCGUUUGGAAGGAGAAUGAUGCGGUUGAAGAAUUAUCUCCUGAAGAAUCUCAACGAGUGCGUGAGAGACUGAAGAGAGAAGGCCAGCAGGGGAAGAUUCUCACCCCCAGAUAUGUGUUUACCGAUAAACACGAAGGCCUUCGCACUGAGCAGAACAAGUUGCCUCUCCGUGCACGAGCGCGCAUUGUUGUUCCUGGUUUCAAGGACAUCUUUUCAUUUGGACUUCGAAAGGAUGCUCCUACAUGUUCAAGACUGGCCCAACAUUUCCUUCUGACCCUGACGGCAUGUUUCAAUGUUUUGGCUGUUGGAGCUGACCUUGCUUGGACUUUGCUUUCAGCCGACAUCAAGUCAGCCUUCAUGAAAGGAGAUGCCUACAUGGAUGGGACCAGAGAACUGUUCAUGGAGAACAUCCGAGGAGCCCUUGAUGAACCUCGCUUGCCUUUUCCUGGACUUGCCAGGAUACGCAAAGGAGUGUUUGGUUUGAGUGAUGCGCCGAGACGUUGGUAUUUGAGGUUGAACAAGUCCCUGAUUCAGCAGGGAUGGCAAAGAACUACACUGGACUACGCCUGUUGGGUUCUGUGGUCACCAUGUGGAACGAGGUUGGAUGGCGUCCUCAUCUCACAUGUGGAUGAUUUGCUUUUGGGCGGAAACCGCCGUGCUGUCGCCAAACUUCAAGAGCUUGGACGAGAAUUGGGGUUUGGAAGCACCUCUGAGAAGGACAUCACCUAUUGUGGCAAACGUAUCCGCCAAUGGGAUGAUGGCCACAUCACCAUCACCAUGGAAGAGUACCACAGCAACCUGAAGACAGUGAACAUUCCUGUGCCUCGCCGAGCCAACCCAGACUCAGACUUGACGGAGAUGGAACGACGUCAACUUCGUGCAAUCCUUGGUUCACUUCAAUGGCUGGUUGCUCAACUGCGAUUUGAUUUGGGUUUUCAGCCCAGCACCUUGCAAGGUGAACCGCCGAAGAUCAGCACCCUGAUGAAAGUAAAUCUGCUUGUCAAGCGCUUCAAGCAGGACCCUGACUUUGCCCUGACCUUCAAGCCGAUGGAUUUGAAGGGAGCUGGAAUCAUGGUGGUAACAGAUGCCAGUUUGGGGAAUGUCACCAAAGCUGGCGGAGCUGAUGGAACUGUGUUGGAAAAGGUGUUUAGCCAAAGCGCCUACUAUGUCCUCCUAGCCGACAAGGACCUUUUGGCUGGACGAGAAGGAAGCUUCUCAGUGCUGGACGCAAGAAGCCACAGACUUCCUAGAGUAUGCCGCUCUACAUACGGAGCAGAGCUGCUGGGAACGGAAGAAGCAUUUGAUGUUGGAUGUUUCUGCCGUGGCUGGUGGGCGAUGUUGCAAGGCCUUCCCAUCGAACACAAACGUGCUGAAGAAGUCAUGGACUGCAUUCCUUUGGCAGUCGUCACAGAUGCACGUGAUGUCUACGACAAAGGGUCUUCAGACACACCUUCGUACGGAUCUCAAAAAUCCCUGGCGUUCACAGUUGCCUGGAUUCGUGGAGUCCUCAGCAAACCCAACACCAUGCUCAAGUGGACAUCGACGGAGAACCUCUUCGUGGAUUGCGGGACGAAAGACAUGAGCACUGAGCAUGUACAUAAGAUUCUUAGCAGCUGCCGAUGGAGCGUGACCUUCAACCAAGAGUUUGUCAAGCAGAAGCAGAAGACGAAGCCGAAGAAGCUCGCUGGCGGAAGCUGUGGGAGUCUGCUGGUAGGCCUCCGCCGACAUGUGGAAAACCCUCCAAGAAACCGCGGUUCCGUGCGAACCCAGGGAACCCAGAAAUGGGAACCCGUCGAAAUCCGGGGAACCCGAGCUAUUUUUGAUGGAGCGACCUGCAGGGUGAUGCUCCUUUCUUUUUUAGAGGUUUCUCGUGCCCUGAAGCCUGGACAAUGUCCCAGCCAGGCUGCCAGUCGCUUCCUGGAGGGGCUGAAGGCGGCCGGAGCUCCAAAUGCGGCAGGCAUCACGGUGGGUCGCUUCGGGCUGGAGGAUGCUGCGGUGUUGACGCAGCGCUUCGCUCGGCACGUGCCUCAGCCGCCCCAGAGUUUCUUCCGCGAGGUGGCAAACCAAGUGGAACCUCCUUUACAUCAUUGGGCGCGGCAGCGAACGACAGCCCUGCCGAUUUCAACGGCCAGAGAGGACAUCUUCAACGUCGAAGCUCCCGUCCAAGGUACUACAGCAGUUGUCCUGGCCGACGCAUUUGCAAGAAGUCGCUGCUAUGAUGGUGCGAAACUCAUCGGCAUGGUGUGUCUUUGUACCCCACCCACCUUGCCACUCUCCGCCAUUGAGGUGCUACAGUUCAUUGAGUCCUUGAGUCUGCUGGGCACUUCCACUUUUCAUGAUCCAUCCGUGCGUGGCUUUCUCUUGAUGCGCUUGAAGGUUGUUGCGGAGCAGAUGGACGGAGCCACCUUGGCACAAUGUGCCAAGCAACUAGCACUUGCAGGCAUUUAUUCUCCUGAGAUCAGUGAGGAGGUGGCGCGGCAAUUGGAAGGUAACCCUUGGUCUUUCACCCCCGGCGACCUGCAGUGCUUAUUACCACACUUCGGCAGAUGGCAGCUUGGUGAGUUGCAAAAGCGAGCCUUCCACACCUUGGGCCGCCGCUUUGCAGAACAUGCCGAGCUGCUCUCGCCCAUGCAGGCGUUGAAAGUCAUUGAGACCUUCACUGACAUUGGCAACGUUCACGAGGUUGCCUUGCAGACACUCUUCCUGCGUUUGUUGCUGGAACGCUCCUUCACAGAGCUGGGGGUGGGUGUUGCGCGGCUGGCAGCAUCCAUGUCUAAGGUCCAGCACUACCACACUGGUCUGUUGCGCGAAAUCGUUUGCUACAUCCAAGAAGAGCCCCAAGCAUUGGAGAACUGGACAGCUUCGGAUCUUUCGGGGGCCCUGAGAAGCAUUGGCCUGGCACCAGUGAAGGUGCCAUCCGCCACGCAGGUCCUACUGGGCUGCCGCUAUUCUGCGCUGCUAAGCUCAAUGACCAACGCUGAGCUGACGGACAUGUUUGAGAUCAGCAGUUGGCAUCCCGAAAUCUUGCGUGGCGUUGUGCUGCGCGUUGGACGAAGUUUGCGAUCGCGGCUGUCCUCGGCAGCUUUGGAGUGGGGUCCACGAGCUUGUAUCGAUGCAGCUUUGGGCCUGGUUCUGGCUGCAGAUGUGGCUCCUGACAAGGCAUUCACUGGAUGUCAAGGUUGCGCCUGUGGGGCUGCAGGUCCCUCUUUGCCACGGAACCAGUUCCGCACAGAGCAGCCAGAGUGGCAACUGCAGGUGAUUCUCCGUGCUGCUCGCAGCUACAAACAACGUGGCCUACGGCAGCGAGUGGCGCGACCAGACAUGCCUUUGAAGGGUGAUGGGCGCCAUCUUUUCUUUGCAGAGGAGCAAGCCCCUUUGAAGCUUCCAAGGACGAGCCGCUGCACUGCUGCCUGGGCGCUUCCCCAGGGUCGCCGUCACCGGAGGAUCCUGGAGCCUACGCAGCAGCUGGCGUGGAUGCUGGGGGAGGUUUUCCCACUGCUGCUGGGGCGCCUGUACAACCUUUCGCAGGCGUUGGCAGAGUUGCCAGGGGCCGCGAUGCCCACUGCGCUCAUUGAGGGUUUGCCGCCGCAUUUGGAGAGCAUCGGAGGGCCUCUGCCCAUCGCGCCUCCGAUCAUCUCUGAGGAGAAGAUGCUCCCGUUGCCGUCGCCUGAGAGCACGACAGUGAAUUGGCGGGAUCAACCGCCGGAGAGCCUCCCAGAACGCGGACAGGAUCUGCCGGAGCGGGGAGCGGUGGAGACGAUGCGGCGGUCGGAGAUGUUGGAGGUUUGCGUCCAAACCUUGGCCGUGAUGCAGCUCUGCUUUUCAGCAGGUCCUUCCGCUCGUCUGUUUGCAGCUCUUCCUAGGGAUACGCUGAGAACGAUGGCCAGGUUGGUUCCCAUGGUGAGCUACUUACUCCGUCCCAGGCGAGACGACCCGGUGGCGCAGCGCUUCCAGCUGGGUCCCUUGCGGAUGGAAGCCUUCGUCAGGCGGCCCGACGAGCAGAUGCAACGAGAGGUUUACAAGGUUGUCCAGAACAUGAUGCCGUUCCUGCCGCGAGUGCUGGGCUGGGAGGUUUGGGAUGCCCGACCACAGGAUAGACUGCAUGGUGAGAAGACGGGCGGGGCCUUCCUGGCUCUACAAAGGGAUUUGGAGAUCCCGCCCUUCGUCGUCUGCUUGGUGCUGAAAAAGGCAUCUCCUCAUCGUCGAACAGAGGCUUUCAACAAGAAGGUGUCUGUGGGAAACGAAACCCAACUUUGA